AAACAAGGAGCAAGGGGGCGUGUGUGAGAGGAGGCGGCCAGUCCGGGUCUCCUUCUUUCCCGCAAGCGGCUUCCCUCCUCGGCGGCGGCGCAGGGAAGGAGCUGCCCAGCGUUGCGCUGCGCGCCCCCCGACGGCCACCUGCGGGAGAGCGCGGCGGGCUGAAUCGCCUUCCCUGGCUCCACUCGCAGGGGGACGCGCCCAGCCCACCGCCGCUUGCUCCUCGGAGGCCGGGAGGCGCGCGGGGGAUUGGGCCUCGGCUGGCCCCUCCAGAUGUCCCCAGGAACCCAGACUCGUUUGAGGGGCUAGAACUCUGCACUUGCUCAGAGGCACCCUUCUCCAGCCCGGCAGGCGGGGGCUCACGAAACUCCGCGCCCCAGCGCAGACGCGCUCUGCACGUGCUCAAGGGCCCGCUCGCCGCUUUUGCUGUGCGCUCUCGCUCUCUCUUUCUCACCCAGAAUCGCCGAGGAAUGUAUUGGAUCGGAUCGGACCUCCCGCCUGCACGGAACCCCCGGAAGUCCAGCCCCUCGCUCCUCCCCGUCACCGCUUCCGCUUCCGGGCCGAGGGGGCGGCGCGCACGUGGCAGCGAACUAUCUCGCUCCUCUCUUUCCAGGGUGCUACUGACUGCCUGUCUGCGUGGUGGCCAUGGGCGAGUUCGAAGUGCACCGCGCGCGGCUAUUCUCCUUCGUGCCGGCCGGGAUCCGGAGCGUGGCCGCCGCCGCCCAUCCUUUUUGCCACCGCCUGGCCGUGGGCCGCCUCGACGGCUCGCUCGAGAUCUACGAUCUGCAGGCCAACAGCUUCCAGGAGAAGAUCGUUGCAGGCCAUAAGACGAGGAUUGCAGAGGCUCUCUGCUGGGCAGCGGGAGACCGUCUGUUUGGCGCAGGCCUCAAUGGGGACAUUGUGGAAUAUGACUUGGAGAAGCUGAAUGUCAAAUAUUCGCUGGAUGCCUUUGGGGGUCCCAUCUGGAGCAUGGUGGCUGAUCCAACUGGUGCUCAGUUGGCGGUUGGUUGCGAUGAUGGAUCUGUUAAGCUCUUCCACAUCUUGCCAGACAGAAUCCAGUUUGAGAGGCAGUUGGACCGGCAGAAAGGCCGCAUCAUGUCCCUUUCUUGGCAUCCGUCUGGGACCAAGAUUGCAGCUGGUUCCAUUGACCUCAUCCGCAUCUUUGAUGUGAAAUCAGGCCACGCUGUCCAACGGAUUCUCGUGGAUCGGCUCCAGCAAGGCUUCCACAAACGGAGGUGCGUGGUGGUGUGGGGCGUGGUCUUCCUGUCAGACGGCACAAUUGUCAGUGUGGACUCUGCUGGGAAGGUGCAAUUCUGGGACUCGGAGAUGGGAACGCUGCUGCGGAUGCACCUAGUCAGCAAGUCAGCCGUGCUUUGCAUUGCUGCAUCUGAGGCAGAAGACAGUAUCGUGGUCGGCACAGCGGAGGGGAUGGUGCAUCAGUUCCAGUUGCUGCCUGUUACGCUGGACAGUGCUGAGCACCAUUGGGUGCGGACGAGGCCGUUUCAGUACCACACCCAUGAUGUGCGGACAAUAGCUCAUACUGCCACAACAUUCAUCUCUGGAGGUCUGGAUGGGCAACUCGUGAUCCGGCCAUUCAUGGAGAAGGUGGAUUCCAAAAGCUACAUAGCUACCACCCAGAAAGUCACCUUUCCUCAUAGGCGCCUUGUCUCCUGUGCCAGGACAGCUCGCCUCCUCCUCUUCCAAUACCCCCAACACCUAGAACUUUGGAGACUGGGAGCCACCAGUGCUACAGGAAAGGCUGGUCAAGUCCUGCCCGUCUCCUGCCCCCCAGAACACCUGCUCCAACUCAAGACCAAGGGCCCUGAGCAUAUUGCCAGCAGCUGUGUCUCUCCCUGUGGUGCCUGGAUCGCCUACUCCACGGCCUCCAGGUUCUAUCUGCACCGGGUCCAGCUCAGCAACAACCACAUUGCCAUCAAGAAGGUCCCUCAGAUUCCAAAGCUGGUUCACUCAGCCCACCACCUCCUUUUCUCCACGGACUCCACCAGGCUCUUUGUGGCAUCCGAUCGAGGCUCUGUGCACGUCCUCAAACUCUUGCAGUCAGGGGGCUGCAAACACCUGCACACCCUCCGCCCUGACUCAGAGACACCAGAAGCUGCAUGCCUGCUGGCAGCCAGUGUCAAUGGCAAGUGGUUGGCUGCAGCAAGCGGCGACCGGACAGUCAGCGUCUACAACUUAGAAGGUGCCAAGGCUCAUUGUGUGGUGCCAGCGUAUGACUGCCCGGUGACUGCUCUGGCCAUUCAUCCGACCACCAACAACAUGGUCAUCGCCCACUCAGACCAGCAGGUGUUCGAGUUCAGCAUCGUAAACAAAGAAUACACUCCCUGGAGCCGGAAGCUGCAACAGUUUGGGCUGCCCAAGGACUGGCUGGAGCGGGACACGCCCAUCACCAACAUCGCCUUCAACCCCAGGCAGGGCUCCCACAUCCUGCUCCAUGACACAUACAUGUUUUGCAUCCUGGAUACGUCCCUGCCCCUGGCUGAGAGCUCUGCCGUCUUGCACAACCAGCUCCCGCUCUCAAAGGCAGCUCGACGUGACCACAGUUCCGCCUUCAAUAUCUGCUGGAAGUAUCAGCCUCUGCUGUUUGUGGACCUGUUGGAUGAGAAUUGCUUGGUGGUGGUUGAGCGGUCUCUGGCAGACAUCAAGGCACAGCUGCCCCCACCUGUCUAUCAGAAGAAGUUUGGCACGUAAAGGCGUCUCUCCCGCUGUGGCCUUUCUGUGCAAGGCCAGGAAAAGCACAAAAACCUGCAGAACUCCAGGGUUGCCCUCCCAAGUGCCAUCGGCCCAGGAAGCAGGAGCUCAGAUGGGCUGAAGGCCUCCCUCCUCCUCCUCCUUUCCAAAGCAGGUGAAUGAGCGGAGAGAGGUCUUGGGAACGCGACACACUCCCUGGCCACCCCCUUCCUCCUCCUCCUCCUCCUCUGGGCCCUUGAAUUUGCUCUCUCCCUCCGCAGUGUUGGUUUGUUAUCAGGUUGCUGCUGCUAUUGCAGAGGAGGACUCUGGCUUUGACCUUGGAAUCUAGGCUGGAAUGAAUGCUGUCAAUGAUUAACCUCCAAGAUACCGGCAAAGACUCAGCUGCCAUCUCCUUUGAAUCCAAAUGGCUGGCAGUGAACAGGGCAGCACAGGCGGCUAUGGAGGAUGCCUUUGUUUGAAUCUCUUCCUUUGAAUAAUAAGAGUAAUUGGCAUUAUUUGUGCAGUGCUUUUGACUCUCCAGAGUGCUUCACCUGCAUUACACAACAGGCCCUGGAAGGUGGGUCAGUAUCAUUGCAGAUGGGUGGCCGAGGGUGAGAGAGAGUGUGUCAGCUCACCAGAGGCUGACCUAGCUACCCCUAUGGCAGAAGCAAGGUUGGCACCGGGGGCUUGCUGACUUUUGUCACUCAGCCUCUUGACUGCUGCGCUGGCUAAGCAAGUAUCAGUGGAGUGUCUCAGCAGGCAUCCUCCUCAGCCUAGUACUGCCAUGCACCCGGCUCUGCUUGCAGCAAAUUCUAGAUCUCUCCCGGACCAGGCAAAAUGGUUUCAGCCCCAUCAAGCAGGGGCUGUGAACUCAGCUGGCGAGGGAGAACAACAAGGCUUCUCCUGGCCUUGAGUUCUGUUCUGUGUUCCUCCAAAAGCGGGGGGGAAGGGGCCCUGACGUCUGAAGUUUCCAGAAUUCCCAAGGGGGUGAGAAGGAAGCAGCGACAGAGCUACAGCAAUGUGUUUUGCGUUCUAGGGUGGGAGUGAGAAGACAGCGUGCUUCUGAAUGGCAGUUGCUAGAGUAUUUCGUUUGCUGCCUUGGCUACCGGCCACCAUGGCUACUGGGGGUGAGGAGGAAGGGGGGACAUGCAGUUGAGCGAAGCAGCUUGACUGAUAGCCUGCUGUGUCCUUUGCUGUAAUUGAUGUGAUCAAAAUAAAUCUGACUGAAGAUGG